AGUUAACGACGAUAAAUGCCGCUUUUUGGCUCAUCGUUCCCUCCACCGUUUUCUCUUUCCCUCCAUUCUUCCCUCCCCCCUCUCGCGAGAUCCAUUCGAGGAACUCCGAGGAGCAUCCUUUCUUCCCUUCCUUACAGCGGUCAGAGAUCGAAGGUGGAGAUCUCGAUAGACCAAGUUGCAGUAGCCGCAACCGCAGCAGCAGAUCUCAGUGAUCUUGCCACUCGUAUAUUGCUUCGGUAGGAUGGAUGAUCCAAGUUUCUUGAUGUCUGCGGGAUCUGCGGAUCCAAGUAGCAGUGAUUGCCCGACGAAGAGCUGCGCGGUUUGCCGGACCACCAGAACCCCUCUCUGGCGAGCCGGCCCUUCCGGUCCCAAGUCGCUCUGCAACGCGUGUGGUAUCCGGUACCGGAAGAACAGAAGAGUCGCUGCGCCGGGGUCGAAGAAGGAGAAGAUUGAGGUGGGGGCGCCUCUCAAGCUCCGGAUGCUGGGGUUGUGGGAACACAGAUCCACGAUCCAGAAGCAGAGUAGGAGGAUGGGCUGGAGGAGAAGCAUGCUUGGGGAAGAAGAGGAGGCCGCCGUCCUUCUCAUGGCCCUCUCCUCCGGCCUCCUGUAUGCCUAAACCCCUUACUCCGAU